UUAACAUUUAAUUUUUUCAUAGCCAGGUGACAGACUUACACCCAAAACGCCAUCAAUCGUGGUACUUGCAAAUUUUUUGCUACGCCGAGAAAAGAUUAUUGACUUUUGAACGCAAACUUCGUCCCAUUAAUCGUCAAAAUGCCGCGAGACUUUAAAGCACCAGUUAAUGUAUCGCCACUUAUCAGGUUUGGUCGAUGGAGCUUCCUGUUGUUAGGUGUAACCUAUGGAGCGACUAGACACAGUUAUCUGCAAAAAAAAGAAGAUAGAUCCAAGGAAAGCCGUCAUCAAAAGAUUGCUGAAAGAGAAGCCAGGAUUGCUGCAGAAAAGAAGAAAUUUGCUGAAGAUGAAAUUAAAAAUUUGGACGUUAUAUUCAAUCCACCAAAGACUGUUGCAUAAAGUACGAAUGGCAGACGUUUAGAUUAAAAAUACUAAAAUGUUGUCUAAUUGAUAUGUUCUGUAUCCUAUAGUUAACAUUUUUAUGUUUCUAAUUGUAGUUAUUACUCCACAUAAAAAUAAUUUAAAUGUGCAAAUUAAAUUUAUUCAUGUAAGAAAUUUGUAUCGUAAAAUACUCUAAAUUCAAAUACAUGUUUUCUUAGAACUUA